UGCUAUAUUGACGCGCCAGAAUUCUUCCGCCAUGACACGCCUGAACUCACUACAUAAUAUAUGGCUGGCUGCUGUCCCAUGAAUAGAGGGCAACUUGAUCAGCGAUAGCAUGUCUCUCGAUCUAGCAACAUGAUCAACAUGAAGCACACCGUUGUCUUCCUACUCCUUGCUUAUUUUGGAGCUCUACCAACUCCAGACAGAAUUUGUGACAACACAGAGGGGCCAAAUCAAAGUCAGCCAGAACUAUGCAUCGGGGGGCAAUGCACCAAAGGCCGUCAUGAAUGGCAAAAUCCAGGACCAGUUACACAUGCUGGUGUGAAAAUGAUUACGAAAAACAGGGGAAGGUGUGAAUGUUCACAAGAACCGGCCAUUGACCUUCCCAAUUGCACAGUGCAACAUACCACUAAAGCACAGCAACAAUGGGGGUGGAAAAGACAACCACUACCUGUUGGAGUUCCCUCUUUAAGAUGAACCAACAGCUUCACUCAUACGAUGUGAAGUCAAAAGAAAAGACGGAGCCAGCACGGGUAGUAUAUACAUAUCCCGAUAAAGUAUUCUGCGCGAUCACCUCCCAUAGUUAGAGGUCAGAUGCAUUUUGGGCGUUGGCCAAACUUAAGCCACACGCUGGUCGGUCAGUGGACAGGUUGGCGCAGCCCGGCUGUUGUAUGUUCUUUGGCGACCUCAUUCGAGCAGCUGUAUUUAAUAUUCCGAGGAAUCAAUUAAUGAUAUCCAUACUUUUACAAAGAAAC